UUACAAAAACUGACGGAAAGAACAGAAAUAUGGCGGCCGACGAGUGGAGGUUGUGUGUGAAUUGGCUCGUUCAGUGUAAAAUUUUACCUGAUGAUCACCGAGCUACACAUUCCGAAGCUCAAGCUUUUGAUCUAGCCCAGGCUUUGAGAGAUGGAGUACUGCUGUGUCAUCUUUUAAAUGCACUGAAAGCGUACUCGGUUGACGUGAAAGAUUUCAGUCCCAGGCCACAAUUGUCGCAGUUCCUGUGUUUGAAGAAUAUUCGUACAUUUCUGGUGACAUGUGAAAAAGUGUUCAAGAUUGACAGUCGAGACCUGUUUGAACCUCCAGACCUUUUUGAUGUAAAGAAUUUCCGCAAGGUUCUACACACUCUAUCAAAGCUUUCUAAAACAGAUAUUGCACAGAAGAAAGGGAUCAGAGGGUUUCCACCACACAAUGAUAAUGCUGAACCAGAGGAAGAUAUCUAUGGCAACCUGUCUGACAUGGCCAUAGACCAUGACAUUGAGGACAACGAGGACUUGUAUGAUUCUGUAUACCAAGAGGGUGGUGACGAUGAAAUAUACGAGGAUCUUUGCUCAACCAAACGUACCCGACAUAAACAUUCACGCGUCAGUAGUACAACUAGCGUGUCAGAAUUACCACCACCACAAACAAAGAGAGAUUAUUGUAUAAAAGAGAUGGUAGAUACAGAAAGAAACUAUGUAGAUGCCUUGAGAAUGAUUGUUCAGCAAUUUAUAAAGCCAUUAAAACAAGUGAUAUCCCAUACAGACAAGGAAAUUAUCUUUUCACAGAUUGAGAACAUGCUAGAAGUACACACAGGUUUUCAUGCUGAAUUACACAGAGCAUGUACGACAGAUAGACCAAAAAUACAUGAGGUUUUUAUCAAAUGGAAGCCAAAGUUUCUGAUCUAUGGUGAUUACUGUUCAAACUUGCCUAAAGCGCAAGAACACAUAGAAGAACUGACCAAGAAAAAUGAACAAGUGAAGGACACAAUUGAGGAUUGUGAAAGACAAGCUAAUGAGGCAAGAUUUCGACUGCGAGAUCUCUUACAUGUUCCAAUGCAGAGAGUUCUUAAAUACCACCUUCUGUUACGGGAACUGAUAAAGAAUACUGACCGGACACAGAAUGAUGUAUCGUUCCUACAGCAAGCCCUCGAGGCAAUGCAGGACCUCUCCUUAUAUGUAAAUGAGGUGAAACGGGACAAUGAGGCCCUGGCACUGAUCCAAGAAAUACAGAAUAGCAUCACAGAUUUACAAAUGCCACAGAAUACUUCAUUACGUGAUUAUGGACGGUUACAAAAAGAUGGAGAACUGAAGGUGCGAAGUCAUGUAGAUAACAAAGUUAGACAAAGAUACAUUUUCCUGUUUGACAAAGUAAUGUUAAUGGGCAAAUCAAAGAUAGUGGACAAGUUUCUCUGGGGUGAGACAUAUAGUUUCAAAGAAGCAAUAGUUUUAGCAGAAUAUAAAGUAGAUAGUACUCCAGCCACCAAAGACGGAAACAGACGCCCAGAUAAGUGGAACUGUUCCUUUCAAAUAGUGAAGCAGGACAAUUCAAUGGCAUACACCUUCUUUGCUAAAACUGAAGAGAUAAAAACAAAGUGGAUAGAGGCAAUAAACCUUGCUCUGGAUAAUACCCAACCAGCUGCAGGGAAGAAUUUUAUAAUGACAACGUUCAAUGAACCCAAGGUCUGUGAUAUUUGUGGAAAACUCCUGCGUGGGGUAUUCUUCCAGGGUUAUAAAUGCCCAGUAUCCAAUAUAUGUGUACAUAAAGAAUGUAUUGGUAAAAAGAAACAGGAGCAACCUCCAGUGACGCCACACAGAAGAGGAGAAAAAUACAAGGCCAAAGUAGAAUAUCAGGGAAUACCGAAUCCUGGGGCAAGGCGACGUGUGUUACCAUUCAAAAUAAAUGCCACAAUAGAGGUUACACAGAAAGAUCAUGAUUGGUGGAAAGGAACAUGUGAUGGUGAAGAGGGCUGGUUCCCUUCACAGUUUGUGGAGGAGGUUAGACAGCAGUUAAGGCAGUCAAAACAGUCAAAGCGUGCUCGAAGACCCGGGACGGCAGACUCUGGGUAUAUGCCUGUAGUCAUUCAACCAGGAGUACAAAAAGUGAAAUUUCCAAAUGAGCCCAUUCAUCCAGCAUUACGUAAAGUGAAAUUUAAAUCUGAAGGUUUUGACGAAUUUGAUUGGUAUGUAGGUCCUUUGGCUCGGGAUCAGGCUGGUGAAAAAUUAAAGAGAUUACCUGAUGGUGCCUAUUUAGUGCGAGAUAGUGAGAACCCACAACGGAAAGGCAAUCCUGCAUUGAGUAUAAAGUAUUCAGGAACAGUUCGGCACAUCAAGAUAGAGAAAAAUUCAGAAAACAUGUACUAUAUGGCUGACACUAGAUUCUUUCAUUCAUUACCUGAGUUGAUAGACUUUUACCAGAACCACUCAUUAUCUGACAGUUUUCCAGAAGUACAAACCAAUCUCCUGUAUCCAUAUAAAUCUGCGGUCAGCAAUCCAUCAGAGGCAAACGAUCAUGAUGUAUUCAACAACUUUGCUGACUUAAGCCUAAGUCAUGGAGCCACCAAUGGCAUAACAACGCCUCUCAGAGUUGCACUGCCACCCAAGCCCGAGCUUUCUACAGCGGGUCAACGGGUAUUGAGUUAUGCUACUGCAGUAUACGACUAUGCAGCAACAGCCACAUCACAGAUCAGCUUAAAAGCAGGAGAACGUGUUGCCGUGUUGAGUAAGACAGGCAGUGAUAAAGGCUGGUGGAAAGGCGAACAUUGCGCAACACACAGAGUGGGGUAUUUCCCAUUCGCCUAUGUGAGAGAAGAAGAUGAGGAAUGAUAAUAAAUACACCACCCGAUAGUUCACCCUACAGUAAACAGUUCACUGGACAGCCAUAUAAACUGAUUUCCAUGAAAUUUGGACUUGUUUCACCAAGUUGUGUGAAUAAAUUAUCCAUCUUGUGGCCAUACAGACAUACUUAACUUGUUAUGUGCACUGCGCUUCCACUGUAGAGCAGACACUGUUGAGAAAAGUGAAACUUGUGUGUUACUUUUAUAAUGAAGUUGGGUUGGUUGGAAAGAAAAUACCUGAUUUUAUAUAGAGAUGUCUACUGUUUAGAGGUGUCAUAACAGAAGUUAUAUCAAAUAUUAAACUGAUAAAUUCUGAUAUUCUGAUUCAAUCAAUUUGACUGGCAUGGAAAAGAGAAGAGAAAUAUUCAACAAAGGCUUGGUCAUGAAGAAACUUGUAUGUUAUUUCUACACUGAUACAUCAAAAGCUGGACUGUGAAAUCGCGAAGAGCUCUUGUUUAUUUUGCUUGGCCUUCAGAUAAGACAGUAUGAUAAAAUAAAUUGUAACCUGAGAUUUUUACAUGAUCAUAUUGAAUGCUAAGGUUAUUUUGUAUCGGAGACUAUAAUAUACUGUCGGUAUGUCAUUAAACUUGAAACCAAGAAAAAGUAUCCAAGAAAUAUUCAUGUUUUAUAAGAACGAUGACAUGAUGUGUGUAAAUAUCAACAUUUAUAAUUCCUGUAUGGUGUUAAAUUAAGAAAUGCUUUGGACUACUUUUUCUCAGCCCUCAAGCUUAGAGAUCAUUACGAUGAAAAUGCUGCAAGUUCCUUGUUCAGUUGUCAACAGAACUGAUAAAACAUUGAGUCAUCCUUCAGUGUGUCCAGUUUGUAGGUGGAGAAAUUGAAGGUACAUGUAUUUGACCAAUGAUAUAUUA